CAUGGCGUUGAGCUCCGAGGACCGGGCGCAGCCCCCGCCUCUCUCCUUUAUGGGGCUCUCACAGGCCGGCUGCAGCACCGUUCUCAUGUCGGUGCGGGUCUCCGUCUGCCACUCCGGUAUCAGACCGCUGUGUCUACCCGGGGCCGAGGACGAGUCGCUCCGGCUCCAACUCAGUAUGGAUCCGGGCAAGGCAGGGGAAUUCCGCCUAGCGCUGCGGGACACCAGUGGCGCCAGUACAGGCAGAAGCGUGUCCAUCGUGGAGUACAACCUGCGUGACGUCCGCUACGAGCUGAAGAGCAGUCGCUGUCACGAACUGGCGCUGCUGGGACAGCCUGACGAGCGCAUGACCUUCAACUUCAAGGAUGAGAAGGAGGCUCAGGAGUGGUCGACCAUCAUCACCACCUCUGUGCGCGAGAUGCAGAGAGUGGCUGCCAUCUCCUCGGGCGCCUCCCUGAAUGUGCCCCGCCCUCGGGCACAGGACCGCACACUGCAGCUUGAACACCUGUUACCCAAAGCCUCUGCUGAAUUGCCCAGGAAAGAGGAGCUGUCGGCCCAGCUGUCUCAAGCUAUCGAGGCAGGAGAUCUGCAGACGGCUUCCGAUUGUGCAGUGGCACUUGCUCGCCAGCAGGUGGCACUGUGCAUCCAGCUAAAAGAGAGCAACUACAUGGAGAGGGAGAUUAGCAUAAAGGUAGGGGUGGAAGAUGCUACAACUUCCUGUUGUGUCACAGUAAAAGUCUUCCCCUACAUGACCAUCUCCUCACUAAAAGAGCAGGUGUUCCGUGACUACGGCUUCCACUCACGUGUGCAGCGCUGGGUUAUCGGGCAGAGCCUGUGCGCGGACAGUCGAACGCUGGCCUCCUACGGGGUGCGGCGUGACGGUGACACUGCCUUUCUGUACCUGGUGUCGGCGCGGCAGGCUCAGCUCUCUCGCCAACGCUACGAAGAAGAGCAGGAGAUCACCAUACUGUCUGCCGGGGAGCCCCUCAGCACUGGCAUCCGGCUGCCCCCGCUGGACAGGAGGGGCUAUAGCACCCUGCCUACCAGACUGCCACAGAAUAGAGUUCCAGUGAGAGAUGGCGGAGCUGAGCGGAUGGGUGUUGGUGACAUCAGAGAGCUGAUCAAUCUAGAGAUGCUUCAUCUGAAUGAGGCUCUGAGUCUCAACCCAGCCAACAGAGCCCCCAGCUCCGCAGUGCCAGCUGGCCCUCAGACUGGCUGGUCUUGUCCUUCCUGCACCUACAUUAACAAGCCCACGCGGCCGGGCUGUGAAAUCUGCAGCCAUGACCGCCCCGUGGACUACGUGGUACCGGGGGGGUACCAGCCCGAUGAGGAGGAGCUCUGGAGGAUCCAGCAGGAGAAGGAGGCAGUCUGGCAGUACCAGCAGGUUCGUGAGGUGCAGCGCAGGUUGAACUUCGAGACGCUGCUGCAGACGGACUCACAGGACCUGGUUCGGAACCAGCAGGGGGUGGAGUGUCGGAUCUGUUACCUGGAGCUGGGGCCGGGGGAGGGGGUGCUGCUGAGAGAGUGUCUGCACUGCUUCUGCAGAGAUUGCCUGCGAUCGGUGAUCAAUCUGAGUGACGAUCCUGAAGUGUCGUGCCCCUAUCGUGAUGAAGCGUACGCCUGUCACAGCAAGAUCCAGGAGCGUGAGAUCCGUGCACUGGUGUCUCCGGAGCAGUAUCGUUGUUACCUGGACCGUGGUCUUGCUGUGGCGGAGUCUCGCUCUGACAGCAGCUAUCACUGCGCUACUCCAGACUGCCGGGGCUGGUGUGAAUACGAGGACAGUGUCAACGAGUUCCCCUGCCCCAUCUGCAAAAAGCGCAACUGUCUGCUGUGCAAGGCAAUUCAUGUGGGGAUGAACUGUCGGCAGUACCAGGAUGACCUGCAGUUCCGCGCCAUCAAUGACUCGGCCGCACACAAAACCACUGAGAUGCUCAAUACCCUGGUCCAGAGAGGUGAGGCCAUGCACUGCCCCAAGUGCAGGAUCAUCGUUCAGAAGAAGGAGGGCUGUGAUUGGAUACGCUGCACCGUGUGUCACACCGAGAUCUGCUGGGUCACCAAGGGGCCGCGCUGGGGGUCGGGGGGCCCGGGAGAUAUCAGUGGCGGAUGCCGGUGUAACGUCAACAGACAGAGGUGCCAUCCACAGUGCCAGAACUGCCACUAGCGCCGCCUGUGCUGACUUCCGGUACUGCAAGGAGGGAGUGAGGAUGGUUGGUAAAGACAGCUGGGUUCAGCCCAGGAAACGGAGACUGGUGUGCUGAAGUCCUGCUCACUUCACUGCUAAUCCACGCAAACAGCAACACUAGGCAAUACCUCAGAAGAGCACAGUGGUGUUGGAGGGGUUUGGAAUCUGAUGUACUCGCAUUUUUUUUUUGUUAGGUUUUGGCAUUUCUUUAACGCUGUGAUAUGUGAAUACUAACCAUAAAAAUAUAUCUAAUAACGUAACACUUGAGGCAAGCAGCAGCUUUCACGUUAUACUCUUUUAGAGAAACAGUAGAAAGCUUUGGGAUGAAUCGACAUGUAAAACUGAUAUCCUCUCCACAAUAGUGGGCUGCUCUGACCUUGAGUGGGUGAAAAUCAACUGAUAUCUUACACAGCACCCUAUGCUGCACAUUGUUUUUAUUAUAUCUGGUUUAACAAGAAGAAUUAAACAGUAUAGCUAAUUGUAAUGUGUCAGCUUUUCCAAAUGAUACAACAAGCCAUCUGAAAUCUCUGUAUCUGGUCGCUUGUAUCACAUCAAUGUCAGGGUCUACUAUACGUUACAAUACUAUACAGUAUUCACAGCGCUUUCUUAUAUAUAUUUAUAUGUUUUUGAAUAUGUUUUGAUGGUUAAAUUACAGUUUGUUGUAAAACUUCCCUGGGCUGUUGUUGUAUGCUUUUAAAAGCAUAAGUGUAAUAAAGCAUAGCGAAGCACUGUAAAGCAUGGAGAGGUAUUGGAAAUUAUUACAAAAUAUGACAAACCACAGUAGACUUGUAAAUGCAUAGUACAACCAUGCAAAAACUGCAAAAGUACAAGUAGGCGUAAAGACUGAGAAAUAUCUGCUGUCAAGCAGGUUUCUAGGUGAAGGGAUGAGGAGAAACUGCAAACCUUGUGGUAGCAGAAUAUGCCAAUAGAGACCAUUUUAAUUUGAGAGAGAGAGAACAUAUGAGAAUGAGACCAGUGUUUAAAAACUCACUUGUGGUUAAAGAGGGGAGAAAAUAAGGCAGCAUCAUUUUAAAGGUCAUUUUCGGCUGUGUACAGAUUUACCUGUUACCUGCAGGGCGUGCUUUUAUUAUUUUGAUUUUUCUUGCAGUUCUGUCUGUUCAAACUGCAUGGAAACUGUUAUGCUAGAAACACCCUACAAACAAUGUAUAAAGUAUUACUCAGACUCAUGAACUCCUAUUAAAAAAGCAUGAAAGGGUU